CUAAAUACAGCACAUAAAACGAAGCUCUAUUGAACGCCCUUGCUUCUUCUUGCUAUCUUGGUGUCCCUUGCAGUCCCCGGCCGCAUGUUAACCGUGUAGGCAGCUAACAAACAAUGCAUACGAUGAAUAUUAAAUUCAACUGAAUGAACUACAAAUGGCCCGACAGAAAAGUAAAGCUGCAAAGAUCAAGCAUGGCCUACACGCUGCGAACAACAACCUCUCGGCGCUGUUUGAUGCCAACGCCGUGGAGGACCUCGAGGGCUCGCAACUGAAGCAACUGCCGGGCGCCCUCUACAUUGUCGCCGACCCCACCUCCUCCUCCAUUGAAGUCCAUGCUUACGGCUCCAUGGAUGACCCUAUGCUCGUGCCGAGCAUCACGCACCUGGUGAAGUGCGCGUACGCAGUACACCAGCUCCGCCAGCCCCCACCCAACAUUACCAUCGUCAAGGCCAAGGCGACUGGCACCACCGCAGGGCCAGCACCCAAGCCAGAGUCCUACCUGGUGAGGGAGACGCUGCGCUUUGUGUACCAGAACGCCGUGCUGCCAGGCCUUCGGGAACUGUACGAUACAGGAUUCACAGUGCACAUGUGCAACGGGGGCAAGUGGAGCAAGGAUGACGGCGUGUCAGCAGGGAAAAUUGCAAGCUGGAUUCCUGCAGACGGGGGGUCCUGCACAUGUGAUGGCAGCACGUGCAUGGACGCGCGGGUGAAGUUAGGGUUUCCUAACGUGCUGCUGGUGGACUACAUGAAGCACGAACUUCGGAAGGAGGAGGCAAAGAAGGCUAUCAGCUGGGGGGUGCGGCGGAGUACGUUCGUUGCUCAGAAGGUGGCCGAGUUGGAGGCGGAAUGGAAGGAGGAGCGUGCCGACCACAAGGCAUCUCAGGCGCGAUCUGGGGCCGCUGCGGCCCGGGUCCAGCAAUCAGCGGAGUCUGAUGCAAGUGACAGCGAUGAGGAGGUGGUCAACCCGGUGGUGGCUCGCAAGGUCCGCAAGCAGCAAGGUGCAACUGCACUCAGCCAGCAGCUCCUGCAGACGCAUUUUGAGCGCUUCAACAUGGAUGGGAAGGGGGCUGGGGAGGGCUCGCUGCUGCAGGUGCUGAAGGAAGAAGGCUAUGGGCUAUCCAAGGCAGCCCUGGCCAGGGCGCUGCGGGAUGCCAGCUUGAGAUGGGGCAAGCUCACGCCGACGCAGGAGGAGGCACUCGGCCACUUCCAGGAGGUGAAGGAAGAGUACGGCGAGGAGGAAGCUGUGGGGGUCAUUGCUGGCAUGCUCAGCCUGACGCUUGAACAUGCUCGCAAGCGCCUGGCUGCGGCAAAGUUGCUCCGUUCUCGCGUGGACAAGCAGCCGGAGGGCUCUGGGCGGGCGGUGCAAACGGCACUCAGCAGGCACACCACCAAGAAGAGUCGCGGUGGCAAGGAGGGCCACAGCAGAGAGGAACGCCGCGGUGAUGAUGUGAGCCGCGGUGAUGAUGUGAGCCACGGCGGUGAGGCGAGCAGCAGCGGCGAGGCGAGCAGCAGCGAUGAGGAGGGCGGUGGUGAGGAGGGGAGCGGCGGUGAGGAGAGCAGCAGCGGUGAGGAGAGCAGCAGCAGUGAGGAGAGCCACGGCUGCAGCGAUGUCGAUGAGGACGCCCCAUGUAAGAAGUGCGGCGGCGCCGACGCGACCGUCUUUGACAUGGUAUUUUGCGAUGACUGCAACGACUGCUAUCACGUGAACUGCCAUGAACCCCCUCUCACGGCGGUGCCGAUGGGCCGCUGGAGCUGCAGCACAUGUGCACAGAAGCCCGUUGGCUGUGCGGGCGGCGGGUUGGGCGGGGGUGCCGAAGCACUGCAGCGCGCAGGCGGGCCCGGCGCGGACUUGGAGGUCGCAGCACUGGGCAGGGCGGAGACAGCUGCCGGCGCCACCGCGGCAGCGGACUGCAGCAGCACGGGUGGCGGUGACGGCGGGGCGCUAGCGCCGACAGGAAGCCCACCUCCAGGACUGGGCGGGCUGGCCGAAGCACUGCAGCGCGCAGGCGGGCCCGGCGCGGACUUGGAGGUCGCAGCACUGGGCAGGGCGGAGACAGCUGCCGGCGCCACCGCGGCAGCGGACUGCAGCAGCACGGGUGGCGGUGACGGCGGGGCGCUAGCGCCGACAGGAAGCCCACCUCCAGGACUGGGCGGGCUGGCCGAAGCACUGCAGCGCGCAGGCGGGCCCGGCGCGGACUUGGAGGUCGCAGCACUGGGCAGGGCGGAGACAGCUGCCGGCGCCACCGCGGCAGCGGACUGCAGCAGCACGGGUGGCGGUGACGGCGGGGCGCUAGCGCCGACAGCAAGCCCACCUCCAGGACUGGGCGGGCUGGCCGAAGCACUGCAGCGCGCAGGCGGGCCCGGCGCAGACUUGGAGGUCGCAGCACUGGGCAGGGCGGAGACAGCUGCCGGCGCCACCGCGGCAGCGGACUGCAGCAGCACGGGUGGCGGUGACGGCGGGGCGCUAGCGCCGACAGCAAGCCCACCUCCAGGACUGGGCGGGCUGGCCGAAGCACUGCAGCGCGCAGGCGGGCCCGGCGCAGACUUGGAGGUCGCAGCACUGGGCAGGGCGGAGACAGCUGCCGGCGCCACCGCGGCAGCGGACUGCAGCAGCACGGGUGGCGGUGACGGCGGGGCGCUAGCGCCGACAGCAAGCCCACCUCCAGGACUGGGCGGGCUGGCCGAAGCACUGCAGCGCGCAGGCGGGCCCGGCGCGGACUUGGAGGUCGCAGCACUGGGCAGGGCGGAGACAGCUGCCGGCGCCACCGCGGCAGCGGACUGCAGCAGCACGGGUGGCGGUGACGGCGGGGCGCUAGCGCCGACAGCAAGCCCACCGCCAGGACUGGGCGGGCUGGCCGAAGCACUGCAGCGCGCAGGCGGGCCCGGCGCAGACUUGGAGGUCGCAGCACUGGGCAGGGCGGAGACAGCUGCCGGCGCCACCGCGGCAGCGGACUGCAGCAGCACGGGUGGCGGUGACGGCGGGGCGCUAGCGCCGACAGCAAGCCCACCUCCAGGACUGGGCGGGCUGGCCGAAGCACUGCAGCGCGCAGGCGGGCCCGGCGCGGACUUGGAGGUCGCAGCACUGGGCAGGGCGGAGACAGCUGCCGGCGCCACCGCGGCAGCGGACUGCAGCAGCACGGGUGGCGGUGACGGCGGGGCGCUAGCGCCGACAGCAAGCCCACCGCCAGGACUGGGCGGGCUGGCCGGGGCACCGGUGCACAAUAAGCGCAUAGCAGUUGAUGAGCUGCCAAGACGUAAUAAGGGCGCAAAGCUGCAAAGCAUCCUUGAGAUGUUGAAGAAGUAGUUGACACGUGACACUGAGCAACCCGUUGACAUGUCUCAAGGAUAGUCCGUUCGGAUAGUUUUUACUGGCUGGAAACCAAUAUGAUAAGGAUACUUAUGCUAUGUAGGUGCCACCUGCUGAGUUUCAACUGAAUCGGAGGUGGUCAUUUUUGGAAGGUAGUGCUUCUGGGGGUCGUUUCGGCGGGGUUUGGGAGGUGUGAGAGGCGAGUCGCUCCAAACUGAAGGUCACCUGCUUGCGUUCAAACUCGAGAACAUGCAUUCUGAUACUAUUAGAUUUCAUAUUAGAUAUGCUGGCAGCACGUUUGGUGUCUAGAGACUUGGUCAGUCCAGCACAUGACAUGUCGGCACGCUCGGCACACUCGGCAUGAGAACGCUCAGUAGGUCAUCGUACUUCUGUACGCUGUAUAACGUAUGACCGGUAGCUGCAAUAAAGGAUUCAG